AUGAACCUUUCGGUAUUUGAAGACGGCAACUUACAGCGUUUAGAAACUUUUACGCAACCGGAGGAAAGAAAUCUACUGGUGGCAAAUGCCCUGCGGUUUGUUAUACAAAAUGUUUUUGCCAACAACUCAAAUACUUUUGUCUUUACCAUAGCAGUUGCAGGCGGUUCCUGGGAACUGUGGCUCACCGAUAUAAUGAGUAAAUUAUUUGCCACUUGGGGUUUUAUGGCGGUGCAACUGAUAAUACAAGAUCCCAAAAUGGAGCGUAUUGAGAUGCCGAGAAAUUGUUUUUGCAAUAUGAUUAUGAUUGAUUCCUUCAAAAGCCUUGAAAGGACUAAUUUAGCGGAGAAUAAUAAAAAUUAUGACAGUUUGGAAUAUUAUUUUAUUUUUCUACAAACACCCGAUGAUCAGGCAGCCAAAGAAAUGGAAUUGAUUUUUAGAUAUUGUUUCAAUAAUUAUUGGUUACAUUGUAAUGUUAUGGUGCAGAACAAGAAAGGCGAAAUAUUUGUGUACACAUACUUUCCUUUUAAGGAAAACAAUUGCUUUCAAACUCAACCGGAAAUGAUAAAUAAAUUUAAAGGUAAUCGUUUUGAAAAUAAGAAAUUAUUUCCAGACAAAUUAAGAAAUUUACAAAGGUGUCCCAUGAAAUUAACCACCUGGGAUGCACCACCGUUUGUUGUGAAUGGAACAAAUCAAAGAUAUCCGAAACUGCAAGUGACGGGCUUUGAAAUGCUUAUAAUUACGGCAAUUAGCGAAACUAUGAAUUUCACUCUUGACAUUGAAUGGAUAUCGUUUUACAGAAAUCAAUCACCAGAUGCUGGUCUCCUAACAAAGUUGCGGAAUCAAGAAACCAAUAUAACCUUGGGUUUCUUUCGUCGCACCAAUAAACGAGACAAAAUAGCCACACCCACUUAUGUCACCUACUAUGUACCACUGAUAGCCUUAAUACUACGUAAGCUGGCCACACAUGAAUCCAUGGAUAUACUGACAUUUCCAUUUGAUGGAGUGACUUGGAUUUUGAUGAUUGUGGUCUAUGUCAUCAUAGGAAUUAUAAAUGCUGUGCAAACCAAACAAAUUAAAGGAAGUAUUUUUCAAACUUUUGAGAUUAUUAUUGGCGUAACCACAAAGGAUGUUCCAAAAAAGACACCAACAAGAAUCCGUUUUAUGACAACAAUCCUAAGUUCAUUUAUUCUACGUUCCGUCUAUCAGUCAUUACUUUUCUUUGUAUUUCGUUCCAACUUCUAUAUAGCUACUCCUUACACCUUAAAUGGCUUAGCGACCGAGGGCUACAAGGUCGUCAGCACCGAAUUGACAAUGCAGUUUUUACUCUAUGUGCCAGAAAUUGAGAAUAAAACGUUGCCACUGAUAGUGACAAAUAGCACAAGUGAAAUGUCUCCCAUGCGUUAUGUGGAAUAUCAUCGAAAUGAAAGUUUGGUGGCCAUAUCUAUUAUCGAGUUUGGAAUUGACUUUUGGUACCGCCUUACGAGUAUUACCCAUGAGAGUUAA